UACCGUAGGAUGACCUUCUUGUUUGAGCAGGCUUGCCAGGCUCGACAAGAUACUCAUUCGUCUAUCAGAACGUCAGGAACCCGAGCGAGGCAACGCGGGGAGUUUGGCUGAGAUAUAAGAGGGUGGUGCUGUUCUCGCCAUUCCUUGUGGAGAUGUUGCAAUACUGUACACAAGCACUCAACAACCCUCACGCAAACUCACCAUCUCCAAACAUCCAACUCAAACCGCAACCAUGCAGAUCAAGAACAUCACUGCUAUUGUCGCCCUCUUUGUCAGCGUCGCUGCUGCCGUCCCCAAGGAGGUCACCGUCCGCGACACCACCGCUCUGAGCGACGGCGAGUUCAGCGAGCUCUACUGCUGCGGUCUCGGCCGCCGCGGUGAGCUCAACACCCGCUGCUGCCGCCGCUCCGCCGAGGAGGAGGCCGCCGUCGCCAAGCGCUCCCCCGUCGCCAUGCCCGACGAGGAGUUCCACGAGCUCUACUGCUGCGGUCUCGGCCGUCGCGGCGAGCUCAUCACCCGCUGCUGCUAGAAGGUUGGAGUGGCCGAGGGUGGUAGAAUAAGA